CUUGUAGUGUUUGAAUCAACAAGUUGCCCGCAAACAGAAACGCAGUACAAACUCCACAGACUCCACAGCCGCAGGGUGUCACCGCGUCUCCAGAACCUGAACCGAAGCUCUUCAAUGGGAAUGUGGCAUUUAAACCUCACGGAGCCCAAUGUGGAGAUGGACGGAGGAGAAGAAUUCGUCUAAAAUAAGAUAGUUUAGUUUCCUUAAAAGAAAAACAGAAGACAAAUAGGUUUUCACGUUUUUUUUACUUCUAAAUAACAAGUGAAUAUAUACGGCUUUUUUCACGUCUUUGCGAGCUUCUCGCGGUUAUUUUCUUGAAUUUUCUUUUUAAUUGAAGCUGAACGGUUUCGCCGGACAAAAAAAAAACAUGGCUCUGUCGAGGUUCAGCAAAAUGUUCCGGAUAGACACGAAAAAGAAGGGCAAGCAGUACGAGCACGUCCACCGGGACGUGAACCCCAACGACCUCUGGGAAAUCGUCGGGGAGCUGGGCGACGGCGCGUUCGGGAAAGUCUACAAGGCCAAAAACAAGGAGACCGGAGUUCUGGCUGCCGCCAAAGUGAUCGAGACGAAAAGUGAGGAGGAGCUGGAGGACUACAUGGUUGAAAUCGACAUCCUGGCCAAAUGUGACCAUGAAUAUAUUGUGAAACUGCUGGAUGCAUUUUACUAUGAGAACAAACUCUGGAUCAUGAUCGAGUUCUGUCCCGGAGGUGCAAUGGAUGCCAACAUGCUAGAGCUGGAUCGGGGGCUGACGGAGCCGCAGAUUAGGGUGGUGUGUCGCCAGAUGUUGGAGGCCUUGGUCUACCUUCACAGCAUGAAGAUCAUCCACAGAGACCUGAAGGCCGGGAACAUCCUCCUCACACUGGACGGAACGAUCAAACUCGCUGACUUUGGCGUGUCUGCAAAAAACACCAAAACCUUGCAGAGAAGAGAUUCUUUCAUUGGAACUCCAUACUGGAUGGCUCCCGAGGUGGUGAUGUGCGAGACGAUGAAGGACACGCCAUAUGACUACAAAGCUGACAUCUGGUCUCUUGGAAUCACUCUGAUUGAACUGGCUCAGAUUGAGCCCCCACACCAUGAGCUCAAUCCCAUGAGGGUGAUGCUGAAGAUCGCCAAAUCGGAACCCCCAACUCUCGACGAGCCAUACAAAUGGUCAAACGAUUUUAACAAUUUCUUGAGGACCGCGCUGGAUAAAAAUCAAGAGACUCGUCCAACUGCAGCCCAACUUCUGGAGCACCCUUUUGUGAAAUCCGUGACCUCCAACCGACCACUGAAGGAGCUGGUGGCGGAGGCCAAGGCGGAGGUCAUGGAUGAAAUCGAAGACAAUAGGGAGGAAGGAGAGGACGAAGACACAAUGGAGCUCAUUGAGUCCCCAGGUAAGGAGCCGUGCCAGACGAGUCAGACCAGUUUGGAGGUAGAGCCCUCUCCAGACACCCCGAGUCCCACCACACCGUCUCCAUCGCCCCCAGCGUACCAGCCGCACCCGUCCCCUCUACCAAGGACAGGGCUCCGGUCAAAUUCACCAACAGGGAUGCUGGCGGGCACAGUCACGGUGACCCCUGUUCCUCUGCCGCGACAGAAUCCUCCAAAAGAUCCGCAGGAGUUGGCCAGUAAACUUGCUGAGGAGCUCAAACUAAGUUCACACAAAUCCGAGAGUGAAUCCUCUUCCAAGACCUCCAGCUCUGACUCGGGUAUUGAAGAUGGGAAGAGUACGCCCACACCAGAUGAAGACAAGGUUGCUCUGGGGACACCGGAGACGGAAAAGCGGCCUUCGCUCUCAGGCCAGGAGAACAUCAGCUCCAGCAUCGAGAUGAUCAGGGAACAGAACUCCACCUUGGAAAAGGGGGGAUCGCCAAAGCAAACCCCAAAAACAAGCCCCCCGUCUGAGCCCCGGGACACGUCCUCCCGUCCUGUUAGCCCAGAACCCAUGUCCCAUCCAAACGGCAGCAUAAGCAGAGGUACCAAAGACCCGCUGAUGUUGGAAGGAAGUUCUGACCUGGCCAGAGGAGUAGUCAGUAAGCAGCACUCAUUUUCAGACAGCAUAGCAUCGGAAAACAUGGACAUGUCAGCACAAAGGGAGCUCAAGCCACUGUCCUCAAGGCAGAACUUUUCCAAUAAGACUCUGAAACGAACCAGGAAGUUUGUGGUUGACGGUGUGGAGGUCAGUGUGACCACCUCCAAGGUCAUCCGAGAGGAUGAGAAGAAAGAAGAGGAGAUGAGGUUCUUGAGACGACAGGAGCUGCGCGAGCUCCGUUUGCUGCAGAAGGAAGAGCAGCGCGCUCUAGCUGAACUGAACGUCAAGCUGGAAGCCCAGAAAGAACACGUGCAAAAGCGCUAUGACCAGGAGAUGAAUACCAAGAAGAGGUUCUUUGAUACUGAGCUGGAGAACAUGGAGAAGCAUCACAAACAAACUAUUGAGAAAAUGGAAUCGGACCACAAUGUUAAACUCAAGGAAGAGACCAAACGCAUCAAAUCUGAGCAAGAACGAGAGUACCGCAAGUUCCAGGAGCAGAUGAAGCAUAAAAAAAAGGAGGUUAAACAAUCUGUACUUACUUUGCCGAGAAACACCCGAAAAGAAUCCUUGAGGCAGAGCAUGUCUGAAUUCCAAGUAAAGAAGAAGACGGAGGAAGAAGAAUUUUUGGCAAAGCAGAAAGAAUUUCUGGACAAAACGGUGAAGGAGAUCAUUAACAACAACAAGCGAGAGAUUGCAGAGAUGGAGAGGGAAUGCCUCAACAAGAAGCAAGAACUAAUCAGAGAGGGCGAAGGUACGAUUUGGGGCAUGGAGGAGAAAUUUCAUCAUGAAAGACACCAGUUGCUUAAGCAACAGUUGAAAGACCAGUACUUCCUCCAGAGGCAUCAACUUUUGAAAAAGCACGAGAUGGAGCAGAACCACAUGCAGUGCUACAACCAGCGAAUGAUUGAGAUCCUCAAAGCGCGUCAACAACAGGAGAAGAGCCGCCUGCCGAAGAUUCAGCGCGGGGAGGCAAAAACUCGCAUGGCCAUGUUUAAGAAGAGCCUUCGCAUUAACUCAACAGGCAGUCCUGCAGAAGACAGAGAGAAAGUCAAACAGUUUGCUCAGCAGGAGGACAAACGGCAGAAGGCUGAAAGGCAAUAUCAGCAGCAGAAACACGAGAACCAGAUGAGGGAGAUGAUUGCUCAGUGUGACGGAAACAUGAGAGAGCUGCAGCAGUUGCAGAAUGAGAAGUGCCACCUGCUGGUAGAGAAUGAGACUCAGAGGCUCAAGCAUCUGGAUGAGCAGCAAAACCAGCUGUUGAAGGAGUGGAAGGAUAAGCUUAGGCCCAGAAAGAAGGCCCUUGAAGAUGAACUCGACGCCAAGAAAAAGGAACAGGAGGCUUUCUUUGGGAUAAGUGAUAGUAUGGAUUUUAGCUCUCCCCACAGACUUUCCAAGUUUGUGCCUUACCAAGACUCUUCAACCACAUGAACAUGUGCCGAAAUGAUGCCCAAUAUCUGUAGUGAAACAUGUGUGUUACACUUUUUUGCUGCCUCAGUUGUUGUUUGGUUUAUCUGUAAUUGCUCUCCCUUCAUUAAGUUUCUUUAUUAUUUUAAGAAAGUAUUUAUGUUUUAACUCAUGUUUUAACAUGAUUGGCCUUUUUGGUUAGAUGUGCCUGUUUGAACAUCUCCUAAUUAUUGCCUUGUUUUUUUCUGCUCAUGUUUGCAUCUUAUUCCCCACCAGUGAUUGAUGAAAAACAUUAGAACACAGCGAUUUUUUUAUAGAUAAGUUAGGGUGUAGAAUUUAAAUGGGUAAUAUUGAGGGUAAAUAUGUGCCUUAUGGGUGGUGCAAUGUUGUCCAAAAUAUCUAGACAGGGAUUUAUUUUAUUUUUUUUCAGAUAAUAUAAUAAGUAUUGUUGACCCGUCAAGCACUUUUUUGUUUUCCUAUAAUAAAAUCCAAGUAAUUAACAUAUACUUUUCCAAAAACAAAAAUUGAAGCUGGCUCAAUUUUUAAGGUUUAGUUUGGCUGUUCUUUCAGUUUUUUUUUUUAAAGUUAAAUCAUUCUUAUUGCCACAGUGCUGCCAACAUCAUCCAUAUCUAACCUAGACAAUUCCUUGCUUUGUUGAUGGUACAAGUGCUGUUUUGCUUUUAGUUUUUAGGAUGAGACUAAACAAAUGUUAGAAUUUAAGAUUUUUUUUAAAUUAUUUACAAAUUACAUUUUUAUCAACCAAAGGAUGACUCUUUUCCAAAGUGUUUUUUUUUGUGUAGUUGAAUCCACCUGUGGUGUUUUACUGUAAAAUUUGUCACACUGGAUGGGAACUGACAAAGCCAAACAAAAAAAUCAGCUUUUUUGUUGUUGUUUAAAGUAUGUUGUAUGGAGGUUUAUUACGUAUCACACGUACAACAAGUAUAGGAAGCGCAGUAAAUGAACUGCUGGCUAACUAAUGUGCAAUAUUACAUAUAUUCUGCUAAGCUUGGAGGUUCUUUUCCCUAAACUUUACUUUUUCUUUGCACUGAUAGAGGGGAAUAUAUUGAAGUGUUAGAUUACAGGGAUUUAUUGGAGGAAUCUUUUUUUUUUUUAAUUUUAGAACCUAAAAACCAUGGAAAUGGAUAAUGGAAAAUAAUUCUUUUUGAGAUUUAUUAAUUUAGUCUGCUGUAAUGUGCCUCUGGUGGUUGAAUCUUUAACAAACCUCUUGCAUUUUCGAGUAAGGAAAAAGAUACAGAUUUACACUGAACUGGGUGAAGUUUAACUGCUUUUCCCUUUCUAAGGAUUAUUUAAGUUUAUGAUGAACAUAUAGUUUUGGGCCAUUUUAAUGGCUUCAUCUCUCUUCUUUACCUCAGUUUACAUAUCUUCUGAGUGGAUGAAUUGUAUAAAUGAAACUGUAUUGGAAGGAACCACUGAUGUAAAUAAGACAUAAUAAAAUUCAAAUUUUCUAAUA